UGGGCCGUCGCCUCUCUUAACCCCAGCCGCGCCGCCGCCGCGCACCAGCGCAAAACCGGGCUAGAGCGAGGCCAAAGCGGGGAGCACGGAGCAGAGCCCCGGCGAAGCGGGAGGCGAGGAUGAUGGAUUCACGCCGGUGGCAGUCUCCGGCCGCUGCUGCGGCGGCCGCCGAGGCCGCGGAGGAGGACACCAGCGGCGCCGGGGGCCCGUCGAGGCGGCCGGCGCGCCGCGGGAUGCACCGCGCGUCGCCCUACGCGGGUGCCCCCCGCCGGUGGCUCCCCAGGCUCCCCGUGGCUUCGAGGAUCUUCCCCACCAUGCCUCGCGACCGCGCCCCCUCUGACAAUAAUCAAGAGGUUCAUCGUGAAUCACUGGAUGUAAUUCCUGAAAGACAAUCCACGGAACCAAACACCAAUGCUGCAGCUGUUGGGCCAACGAUUCAAGUGAGAAAUAAAUUCAACCUGCUUCUGGAAGGUGACAGAAAUCCAAGUCAUGGAAAUGGUCUUGCUGACAUUGAAAAUAUAAUUAACCAGAGACAUUUUUCUAGGGAUGAGACAGAGCGUCUAAUAGAGAUCAUGCGGUCAAGGACCCCUGAUCUUAGUGUUGAAGACCAGAGAGCUCCGGGCUCUACUGCAAAGGGUUUUGAAACCACUCCAUUUUCAACACCCGCAAGACUAAUUGAUCCUCAGACACCUUGGGGUACUCCAUCAUCAAAUGCGCAUGGCAUCGGUUCUUCACCAAUUGAAAUCGCCAAAGCUUUUAUGGAAGCACAGACCUCAGCCUCUGUACAUGAGUCUCAGAAGCGGAAAUUCAGAGCUUUGAGUCAUGGAGUCGAGGCUGAUAAUUCCACAUCAAAAGUGUUCCCCAAAGUAGCUACUGAUUCUUCAGUAUGCUGGCCUGGUUCAGUUGUCCGAGGUUAUCCCAAUUAUCUUACACCACAAAGCAAUAAAGGAAGGGCUCUGCCUCAGCCUCUUUCUCGCACGCCUUAUAGUGGCUCUGUAUUUCAGAGAUCUAUUAAGAGCAGCAGGCAUAGUGGUACCUACAAUAACUCUUCUGGACAGCCACAACUUUCAACUCCCUUUUCUGUUGGAAGUAAGGCACUAGUAGAAGAUAAAUUGGCAUCAACAAGCGGUAGUAUGGUGCAACCAUCAUCAUCUUCCAGAGGACAGAUUGAUGUUUUUGGGUCUAAUACUUCCUUCUUUCCAAGAGAUGGUUCUGCUGCUACAAAGAGUAUUGCAUUCAAUCUGCAAGGGCCUGAUGGGAAAAGCACCAUAGAAAGCAGAGCAACUUCUGGACACACUUCUGCUGUAGACAACAUUUCCAGAGGUGCUUCAGUAUCUGUGCAUCCUAAGUCAAGUGAAACAGCUUUCAAAAUACUUCAGCAUCUUGAGAGAACCAUCCCUUCCCCUACAUUGAAGCCACUAGAUCUAAGACAGACUUUAGCAAAGAGAAAUGCUUCUUCUGUUGCCACCAAUAGCCAGAUUAAAGGGCCUGAUUACAGUAUUGGCAAUGGUCACAGGCAGAGUGGCACUAAUGAGAGUGGUAGUGGUAAUUUGGAGACUGCAGAUGCAAAGAAGGUACCUCCGAGCAGCCCCAAUGCAGAAGAGUCGAGUCAAAGAAUUCAGAGCAGCAGAGCUAACACUGAAGUUCCUGAAACACGCACUUCUCAGCAACCUCUGAAAUCAGGAGUGACAUUCACCUCAGCUGCCGAGGUCUCGGAUAAAAAUACAAGCAAAGGUUUCAGCUUCACAUUCCCUGUUCCCAAAGCCCCAAGUUCUCUCUUUGAACCGCCACCUACACCAACGCUGGCUUCACCGCCGAGGACCCUGCCAGUCACUACCGAAGAUAUUCCCAAGUUCAGCUUCGGCUCAUCCAAUGCGACCAACAAGCUGGUCUUCUCCUUCGACUUCUCGGGCAGCUCUCUUGGUGCAGAUGGAACAGAGCCAACCUUCAAAUUUGGGUCCGGAAGAAAGCGAGAGCUGUGUUACGAUAUAGCAAGCAAAGAUGCGGUUUGUUUCUGAAUUUUGAUAGAUGCCAUGUCAACGGAUCCGAAUUAUAUCACGAUUUCUUUCUUGGUGUGCUGAUGAAAGACAUCUUCAUCUCCCGAAAGUUGGAACGUUCGAGCUAUAUGCAUCAGGACAUCGGCCUCUCAUUUAUCAACGGACUCAAAACUCUUUUCCAUAUUCUUGGUGUCUGGCUGGAUAUUUUCGCAGUCGUGGUUGUGCCAUAGUGCAUCAGUCGAUUCGGUCCCCCUCUCUCUAUAUAUACACACUAAGAUGCCCAUGCGUCAUUACGGUAAAAUGACAUUACUUAGCGCGUGAUAUUUUUAUCGUGUUGUGUAACUUUUCUUACUCUAGUACUAUUGGACAGGCCGCCCCUCAAAUUCAA